UCGAUGCUGUAUAAAUGUUUAUGUUAGUAACCUUUAGCUGAAUAAGCUUUAAACAUUCGGGACACUUCACAUUCUGAUAGCAACGAGAUCAGUGAUGCCAAAAGCAGCUGGAUUUUAUCAUUGAAAAAAGAUUAGAGAGCUCAAGCAAACAAAUAUAAAUGGAUUGAAGAAGAACGGAGAGUUUUGCAAAACAAUUUGUUUAUCAUAAAAAAAAUCAUGAAAAAUAUGAAUUCAUAUUUGCAAAAGUAUUGGAAAUUUGUUUUACGAUUUAACGGAAAAAUGAAAAAAAAAUUAAAAGGAAAAUAUUGGAAACUUAUCAAAAACUGGCACCACUUACUCUCAGGCUGCAUAACCGCAGCACUGAAAAAGUAAUUCUGCAUUCUGUCGCUCGCGUUCUUUGGAGUUUUUUUUAUCGUAAAAUUCAAGUGGAGUAAUAAAAUAGCUGAAAUAAUGAAUCAAACUACUGUCCCUCACUAUCAUUUCAGCGUUGUACAAACGUACGAGGCAGGACGGCCUGUGCUGACGACAGUUCCAAGCCUGUGGGUAAGCGGAAAAUAUCUACACUGGCCACCCAAAAAUGCAGACGAACUCAGGAAGAAUGUCGGUUCUCAGCCAAGUAUUUCUUGGAACAAAAUGCUAUGCAAAGUCAAAAGACAUUUCAUCCCCACGUUUAGCGAGGCGGAACAGGAGCUGAUUGAAUUAUCAGGUGUUAAUACCGAUUCUGAUAUUGGAGAGCCUCCUGUUCAGAAAAUUCGGAAGAAAGCGCCUAAAAUCGAAAGCUUGACCGGUAUGGAUUUCAACAUGCAUUUCGCGAAAGAAGCGGUACCCGGCGGUUGCAACCAAAUGCGUAGUCCGAUCGUUCCUGAGGUAAUUCUUGUCGAAGGACAACUAACAUCGUCCUCUGGAGUUAUGCAGCCACCAACAUCUGCACCGGCUAUUACUAUCCCAUGGCCAGGACAUGAUUUGGGAACUGCCAAUAACAUCGAUAAUGUAUCAAAUGUCGUAACUAGCGUGAUCAAUUUGGAUGAGACAACACUUAACACCGUCGCUAUGAAGGAGGAAAUAAUAUACAGCAUUGAGAGUGCCAAGACAGAAAUCAUAACCAGCGUCAAGGAACAUGUCGAGAAGCUGAUGGCGAAGACGAUGGCAGCCAUGAAAAGUGAUUUCGAAGCUAAAUUGGAACUUAUUCGAGAAUCUACUGUCACUGAGGAAGGAAGCAAGCAUGAUAUAAAGUUUAUGUUUCACCCGGUCUCAACCAUAGAAGAACUUCAAACGCUGGAUCUCAAUCUGAAAAACGCUGAAUACGCUAAGAAAUUGAUGCGACACAUGAAACAACUGAUUGGAUCUACGGGUGACCAAUACAAUGGCCAAAACAUAUGCUAUGAGUUGGUGGAUCGAUUUUUCGACAGGAAGUUCAUGACUAAAUGCUCAUGGACCGGACUAAGUCGAACUGAUGUCCCUAAGAUAGCGAUUCAAAACUUCAAAAAUACGCUGGAUGUUUUCUUUUCUAUCGUCAAGAGCGUGAAUGAGCAUUUCUCACAAAAGGCUAUGAACGAAUUUUUCAAAUCAAUCACGAGAAAUUCGAAAAAACGAAGUGAAGCUAAGCUGAUGCGACAAUCUGCUAUCAAGCGCCGGUGUCGUAAAAAUGUGAUUCAUUCAAAUCCUGAUUCCAAUGAUGCUCUGUACCAUUCAACAUCCAUCGAUGCGAGUUCAGCACUUCCAAUACAUGCCGGUCAGACCAAUAGGGAGCCUAUUGAAAACGGUGCGAAGAAAACUGACGUUCUUCCAAUUUUCGAGCGGAACGAAACUGCUGUAAUAUCGAAUGAUUUUGACGAAUUCAAUUUACGCAUGAUGCAUAAAGUGAAACUCACGACGGAUGGUAAUGUAUCUGGAUCUGCUUCAGAGGCAGAUGAAAGUUCAGACAGUGAUUAAACGCAGGAGUUUUCAUGAAGAAUGUUUUUAAUUUUCCAAUUACUUUUAUAAAAUGUCACUAAUCAUAUCGAAAGGAUGACAAUAUUAAUAAUGAACUAAAAUUACUAUCAGUUUUAGUUGAAAUGCUAGAUUUUAAUCGAAAUAACUAUUGUUGCACAGGAUUUUGUUAUUGUCUGAUAUUGAACAUUCGCUGCAAUGUAUUCUAAUUUGUUUUUUAUGUACUUGAUGUAUAUAAUAAAAUGAUCAAAAAUAAACUAAACAUUUUGGCACGUUAUUAUUUUCGAAUAAUCGGUAAAAAUAGGUUUAAAAAAAUGAGUAUAGAUUUAAAAUUAAUUAUUAAAAAAUCAACCAAACAUUAGACCAGCCCAAUGUAGUCUGCGUAUUUUUUCUG